GAUUAAGGUGUUCGCUCGUCAAAAUCUCAAGUUUAGAAGCAAGAGACGGCGUUGAAAUAGCAGCGCCAAUAGACUUUCCCGUGGCUAUUGCCUCGUCGUUCCAAACCGCUCUGAAAAAGAAGAACACGAAUGACAUUGACUAGGCCUUAAAUAUAGUUUGUGGCUUGUUAUUAAGUAUAUGAUAUCUGGCAUCCCAAAUCACUCGUACGAGUACAUUAAUGACUACCAAGAAAUUCCAAGAGAGGAAGUCGUCGUCACACCAAAGAAGCAUUGAUGGCUACAGAGAUUACCCCUGCGGGACUCCUUCUGCGAGAGCUGUUGGGCCAACUUAUCUAUUAUUCCCCCUAGUCAUAUCGUCAGUUUCAAGUUGGAUUCAAGUCAGGAACCAUGUGCGUCCAAGAGACAAGAUGAACUCCACCGACCCAAGAUGGUGCCAACCAAUCCGAAUCGACGAGUGACCCUCGAGUGUCUCCUAGUGGGGCUCACGUUCAUUGACAUUUGUGCCGGGAUCUUGAGCGAAUACGUCCCGGACUGUGCCCGACCCGGCGUCAAUUUUGGGGCCGGAGUCGGGGCCAUCGCCGGAGGAGCCACCAGCAUGGCUGCCCUGACAGGCACAGGGGUGGGCGGCAUCUCGUUACUGACUUGCCCAACGCUAGCCGUUAAUAGCAUCAUUGGCACCGGUGGGGCGCUACUAGGGGGUCCCAUGGCUACUUUGGGCGGGGUGGCGGCUGGCAUGAUUAUGGGCAGUAUUGCGGGAGCCAGCACCAAUGGCUACGUUCAUUGCCGACGACUUGAGAUCAAAGAGGCCAAGCGGGCCACCAAAUUCUACAUCGAUCACCAUCCAGAUGGUCACAAAUUGCAAGGUUUGAAACAGAGCUAUGAGCAAUUCUUCCAACCUCAGUCCAAGUUCCAAUAUCGGGAACGGGAACCGCUCUAUUUUCGGCUGAACACCAAACCCCCGAUCUCAUAUGAUUCUCCCCAGCCUUAUCAUCUACCGCUGAGCCAUUCCUACGAACAUUCGGUUCAUCCACCACUUUCAGAGAGCGUCAACCACAACCACCACCACCAUAUCCGCCACGAAGACGAACACGAGGAUGAUCAUGAUCAUGACGUUGGGGCCCCUCACCGGGGUCAUCCAGGCUUGUCGUCGUCUUCGGACUCGUUGAUCUUAUCGUCGGUGUCACCCGUGUCGUCAGCACCGCUUUUGGAAUCCUCACCAUCUUCCCCUGCUGAAUCAGACUCGACGGCACCGAGCAAUAAUAACAGUUCUAGUCCACUCAGCAAUCACUAUCCCGUCAUCGAUCCGAGCUCGUUGCGACAGGAAUUGUUGAACGUUGUGCAAUUGACACUUCGAGAUGUGAUCAAGAGCAGCAGUGAGCAACCAGUGACGGCGACAAGUCAAGAUCUGGCCCGAUCCCCGAACAAAUCCAAAACCAGAUGGAAAUGGUCGGAUGGCGGCGGCGAAUCAGCCCACAGCUCCUCCAACUCUGACGAAAUCGAUGAGGUCAUGAUGCAGGAGCUCUCAGAGGUACAUCAUUCUCAAUCCAAUCAUGCUUUUUCCCUGCCAAUCAUGCCUCGCUUUCAAAAUCAGGCCUUCCGGCCUUCCCAAGUCCAAGGCCCGUUCCGAUCUGGUCCCGAAAUUCACGGGGAACCCAACCUCCAAGCAUUCGACCCAAUAGCCUUUCGAGGUCGCUCUAAUCCUCCGGAUCUGUUCAGCUAUUUUCAGAGACAACCGAAGACGCAACAGUUCCUGGAAAUCAAAAUCCCGCCCACUUCUCAUGAUGAAUAAUGCGAGCAAUGGGGAAUCGAUCAUCCAUUCAAUGGAAGUGGGGAAAAUGCUUACGCAAUUUGCGGUUUGCACAAGACGACCACUGGUUUCGUAUUGGGCAGAGAACAAGCCGGAUUUGCAAGCAAACCGGAUAACCAAUAACCAAAGUGAAUUGCAUACAAAAUAUGUGGAACUGAAAAUAAAACCGACGAGUUGGAUCUGGGCUCUGAUCACCAUGAAUAGUAGUAGCCUUAUCAAUAGUGGAAGACGACACUGCACUCGAGAAAUGCACAUAAUUUGAAAUACGACAGUUUUUCUACUUGGUUUUCGAGCAAAAAUUGAUGCUUGGCGCCUUCGCAAUGAGAUUGAUUCUUCCAUUCAUUGCA